GAAAGCUGGACGAAUUUAGGAACACCCUCUCUCUCUCUCUCUCUCUGAAAAACAACCUGCAUUGAGACAUUUUACAGUUUGGUGAAUUUGCCUCUUUGAACAAACAUCACAACAGACAUGGAAAAGAAACACAGCUUUUUGGUUUUGUAUUUAAACAACUGUAAAACCGUGUGGAGGUAAAAACACAACCUGAAUUGAGAGAAUCUGUUUUUUUUACAGUUUGGUGAAUUGAACAAACAUCACAACAGAAAAAGAAACAGCUUUUUUUUUUUUUUAUUUAACCAAGCUUGUCUCAUCCCUCGUCUUAAUUCUAAAUUGUGAUGAUUGUGGCAGUGACGGACAUUUCCUUUUUGGCAGCUCGUGCCCCCCCCCCCCCCCCCCCCCCCCACCCUACCCCCAGAGAGGAGAGCCACAAAGCCGUGGCACGUGUGCAUUUGUAUAGGGGCCCAUCAGACCGUAAAAAGGAGGAGGGUCCCGGCGUGUGCCUCUGGUCUGGGAGGGGCCACAUUAAUGUAAUAAACCAGCCAGUACAUCUGCUAAGCUAUCUUGCACAUCCUCCAACGAAAUCCACCAAACCCAAAGCUCAGAGCACCUCCCACAAUCAAAUCCACUGGGAUCUUUGGUUUCAUCCGAUUGGUCGAGGAUGCUGCAACAGGGGGGGGGAGGAGGGCAGAACAAUAGCAUCAUUCCGGCAUAAAAAGAGUGGAGCUAUGCCUUGGAGACGAAAACAUUUCAGCAACAGAAGAAGAAUCGAUAUAUACUAGGGAGGAGAUAAAGUAGCUUCUAAGUGUUGCCAUAUUUUUUAACAAACCUGGAUACUCGAGACUUCUUCACCGACCUCCCAGAAGUGCCUUUUCCGCUGUUAUACUCGCCAAGAUGCCCAAAGGAUUCCUGGUAAAAAGAAACAAGAAAUCCGCACAUGUUUCCUACAGGACUCGGUCAGAUGAAGAUGACCUCCACCACUUCCAGGAGAUACCCACCCCAGCUGCCUUGCCGAGUUAUGUGUACCCAUCCCAGCCGAUGUCCAGUCCAGCCCGCGGUGCAGCAGCAGCAGCGUCGCCGGAUUGCGCAUCAGCAGCAGCUGCCGCGCCGGUGCCAAGGAUGGAGAAGAAGCCGGUGCAGUUCGGCAACCCGGAGUCGGUGUGUCAAGCUCUCUACAGCCCCACCCGGCCCAUCAGCAGGGAGCACGACAGAGGGGGAUAUUUCGAGCGAAGUUUCAAUCUGGGCUCGCCUAUUUCUGCUGAGUCAUUCCCGACACCCGCCUCUCUCUCCGGCCUGGACCAGCUCCUGUACGCGCCGGUCGACCUGAAAAUCGGCACCAGCAACAGCAGCCGCAGCGGCACCAUCAGCACCAUCACCACUAGCAACAGCAUCAGCAGCCUCCCGGCGCCUAGCAACCGGGUCGGCGGCGGUACCAAAAGACCCGCAUCUGACAAAGCUAAACCCGCCUCCAAGAAACCCAAAGCCAUCCGAAAACUCAACUUUGAAGACGAAAUGACGACUUCUCCAGUGCUCGGUCUCAAAAUCAAAGAGGGCCCGGUGGAUAUGAAGCCCAGGGCGCCGUCCGGAGCAGGAGGAGACAACAACAAGCCUCUGGGGGAGUUUGUGUGCCAGCUGUGCAAGGAGGCGUACGCGGAUCCAUUCUCUCUAGCUCAGCACAAGUGCUCCCGCAUCGUCCGGGUCGAGUACCGGUGCCCAGAGUGCGACAAGAUGUUCAGCUGCCCGGCAAACCUUGCCUCUCACCGGCGCUGGCACAAACCACGAACCACCACCACCGGAGGCGCAUCUGCGGUGCCAGGCAACGCGCAGCAGCAGGGCAUCAAACCAGAAACGGCCAAAAUGCCACAGAUAGGUGUCAAAUCAGUCUCCGAUGAAGCCAAAGACAUGAGUGAUAGAGACACCCCGAGUCCAGGUGUGUCCGAGUCCGGCUCUGAAGAUGGCACAUAUGACUGCCAGUACUGCGGGAAGAGGUUUAAGAGACAGGCAUACCUAAGAAAACACAUCAUGGCACACCAGGCCUUGCAAAAGAAAGUGCUGGAGGAGUUUCAACCCCAGGCAGAGCAGCCUCCGGUCCUGUCAUCCUCCUCCUCUGCAUCCUCAGCAUCCUCCUCAUCAUCAUCCUCAGAGGAAGCCUCAAACCAAAGCCCUCUCAACCUGAGCCCGGCGGACUGCCUGCUGUGCCCGGUGUGCGGGGAGAGUUUCAGCAGCAGGUCCGGACAGGAGAGACACCUGCGCCUCAUGCACUCCUCCCAGAUCUACCCGUGCAAAUACUGCCCCGCCACUCUCUACAGCUCUCCGGGACUCACCAGGCACAUAAACAAGUGCCACCCCUCGGAGAACAGGCAGGUGAUCCUGCUCCAAAUGCCGGUGCGACCAGCCUGCUAAAAGAAAAACAACCACUAAACUCGUGCCUUUUGAUGGAUGGAGAGGGAGGGGGAAAAAAAAAAAUGGAUAAAAAAAAAAGUGGCUUUGGGGGUUAAAAAAAAAAAUAUUGUGAUGCUCACUGCCAUAACUUUAGUUCCAAUGAAAAGGCAGUUUGAUGUUUUAAGUGGUGUCUUUUCCAUGCCAAUCAGUGAUUGUUUGAAUGCUUCUCUCUAUAUUUGAAUAUUUUGAGAUUUUUCCUUCUCAAAUUAGUUUAUCAAGGAGAAAAAAAAAGGAAUACAAAGCGUUAGUUUGACUGUUAAAAGGGUAUUUUUCUAGGACAGCACAUGUGUUCAAUGAUAUAGCUUCUAGACCUAAGAAAUGUCUUAAAAUUCUCAGAAACCCCUUUUUUCCCCAUUAAAAAGCCUUUUUGGAUUCACAAAAAGUGAUUGCUCCAUCACUGCAGCUUUACGCUUGUUUGUGAAACUUACAAACUUUGUGGGGAAAAAGAGAGUGACUGAAGCAUUCCCUUGUUUAGUAGAGCCACAAAUGCCUUUAGUAUACAGAUAAGCCUAUAGUCCGACAUAUACACAUCCAAAUCCCGCUGUAUAACUGCCUUAAAAAAAAAAAGUCAACAUAGACUGUUUUUAAUUUUGAAUGCUGGCACAUAUUUUAUUAUUAUUAUUAUUAUUAUUGAAGAUUGUUGCAAUAUUUUUCAUCAUAUGUUUAUUUAUUUAUUUAUUCUAAUUAUUUUAUGUAACUUAUUGUUGUGUUUGUUGUGUGAUUUCUUCUGUGAAUCGUUCUGGCAGUUUACAUGUCGUAUAGCCAAAAUGUUUUUUUUUGUUUUUUUCUUUUCUUUUUUUGGGUCAAAUUCAUGAGUUGUGAUAAUAAUUGUCGUGGGUCGGGUUUUAAUCUUUUCAAUCUCCACAGCUCUUGUUAAAAAAAAAAAAGAAAGAAAAAAAACGUAAAGCUCUUACCUUAGAUGCAAUCUUUUUUAAGGACAAGUUAUUUUUCUUAAAUGUUGGCUUUUAUAGCGCUUUGAUUGUAUGUGUAUAUCGUUGUUGUCUAUCGAAAUAAAAAAAAAAUAUUUUCAAAAGGA